CAACUGCCGUGAAACGCCAACCGAAAUUUUCUGCACCUUGCACAGACGCUUCAGUUUAUUGAUCCACACACAGGGGAGAAAAAAGGGACAAAAGCGACCUGCCGUGCAAGGGAACAAGGCGUGCUCUGGUGCAUUUUUCCAAACCCCGACGCUGUGUUAAGUGUUCUCGUUUUCAGUCCGCGUUUACCGGAGGAACACCGCAACACUUUGCAGACUGUGCUUCAUCACUGUGUAGUACCCCUUCGACGUACGCCCGAAAACUCCUCACGCAAUAUCAUGUCGACGAACUUUAACGUUGGUGUGGCCGCGGAAGCGAAACCCUCGAGCCGCGUGCUGAAACCCCCGGGCGGUGGCCAUUCGGACAUUUUCGGCUCGUCGGACGUGCGACAAAACCCGCCCCGGCCGAAGAACAACCAGCAGAACUCGUCCAACAUGAACGCCGUCAUGGGCACGAUGGACCCGAACGAGUCGCUCGAUACGGGAAAGCAGGGAGGCGGUGGUGGUGGCGCCGCACCGUCGUCCACCGGAGGAGACAACGGAUCAUCGGCACCAGCGCAAAAUGGAUCAUCAAAUGGCGGUGGCGGAGCAUCGGCGGACAGGCAGCAGGCGACGUCGGAACGGGCCCGCGUGCCACCGGGCGGUCACUCCCAGGGCUUCUGGUGAGCUGGGUGAGCGCACCACCCUGCCUCCCUACCCCACCUCACUACAUCCAACACACAACCACUCGCCGCAAGUAACGCGCAUUUUGCAUUGCACAUCUCUCUGCUCUUUGCAACGGAACCAAAAGAAGUAGAAAAAAACAAGUGAACUACUACUACUAGCACGGGAAUGGGGAGCACCAACCCUCCCACAUCCCCGCAACGCGGGCCAGCAGGUUCCGGCUUUUCUAUAUUGUGUUUACAUCAUACUCUACGGCACCCAAACGGAAGCAUCUGCCCGCACCGGGGGACACACCUCCGGCGUGCGCGCCCGGGACGAUCUUCAUCGGUCGGAGGGCGCAGAGUGCUCCAUUUUGUUUAUUAAUGUCUUGUGUACCUCGAACUUCUAUUGUUAGCUUUUAAUGGAAACACACACACACUUACACACACACCCCCUCCCUUUCGCUAGCCUAUCGUCUUUCGGGCAAGGGCUAGCAGAGUGUACUGCCAAAAAAAAACAAGAAAAAGACGACACAAAAUCCCGUUUACUUACAAAAAAAAACCCCCAAUGCCUCUCUACCUAUAACUACCUAUUACUUUCUAAUUGUGUAUUUUGCGUAUGGUAUUAUAACUUCCAAAAA